AAAAUGGGUAUAAUAACCCUCCCAGAUCCGUGAAAUCGAAGCCAAAUUCCCAUAAAUCAACCCUAAACAUGGAGUCCGGAGGGUUUACUGCUGAAGAUCUAUCAACAAUCGGAGGUAUUGCUACUGUCUCCUUGUUGCAUUCUUUCAUUCCAACUCACUGGCUUCCUUUCUCCAUUGUUGGCCGUGCUCAGAAGUGGACUCUCUCUCGUACUCUUCUCGUCACUGCAUUUGGAGCUGUAUUGCACGUCUUAUCUACAUCUCUUCUAGGAAUUACAGCAAUCACCAUAUCAAACACCAUUGCUGGUGAAGAAACCGUGCACAAACUUGCAUCAUUGUUACUAGUUGUACUCGGCGGUAGUUACAUAUUGUUAUUCAUGUGUGGAAAAGGUGGUCACACCCACACCCACAAUCAACCGAUGGAAAAAAUGGCGGUUGCUGGGCUUGUUCUUGUUCCCGCGUUGUCUCCUUGUGCAACCACACUUCCCGUGUUUCUUGCUGUUGGAAAUUCAUCAUCGAUGAUGGUACUUGCUAUUAUCGUGUUGUUAUUCAGCACGAUAACUGUGAUGACGUCAUUGGUGGCUCUAUCAUUCUACGGUGCUAGUCAGCUCAAGUUUCACUGGAUGGAACGUUAUGACAAGCUUCUAGUAGGAUCUGUACUCUGUUUAGUUGGAAUCUUGACACUUAUUUUCCAUGAUCAUGAAGGACAUACCCAUACAGGUUCAAGUGAAGAACAUGUGCACCGGAAGCUUUUUAUGCCAUUAUGAGAAUUUAACAAGUCCUGUAACCCUUGUGCUCUUUAGAAAAAAAACUUAUAUUUUCAAUUACUUUUUUCUUAUGUUGCCACACAGGUUGUUGUUUGUUGAUUACAAUGGAAAUCUUAGUUAUAUGAAAAUCUGAUGUAUCUUGUAAAGUUCCUUAAAAUUUGAUUCUACUGUAAUGUUGUUGAUUGGGAAGAUUUAUUGAUUGCA